GGCGACGAACUUUGUCAACUGUAUAAAAGCGUAAAGAUGCGAAAUAAUUGAUAUCAGUCUUGAAAUAGCGUUUAUCAGCGUCUGACCUAGUCCUAGUGGCAGCUAUAUCGAGAAGAAGCAGCAACACACAAAAAAAUCUAACCAAAAUGUUCAAACUGUUCGUCUUCACCGCCCUGGUAGCGCUCGCAGCCGCUCAGAACCCAGAUGCCGAAGCCCAGAUCCUGGCGCAGGAAUCCGUCGUCAACCCGGACGGUUCGUACCAGUACAAGUACGAAACGAGCAACGGAAUCGCCGCCCAGGAGAGCGGCAUCGGUGGACAAUCGGCUACCGGUAGCUACUCGUACACUGGCCAGGAUGGUGUCCAGUACAGCGUAAACUACGUUGCCGAUGAAAAUGGUUUCCAGCCACAGGGUGCCCAUCUGCCGGUGGAUGUUCCCGCUCCGGAACACGUGCUGCGAUCGCUGGAGCUGAUCCGUGCCAACCCACCACGAGACGAUCCUAACUUCAGCCUGGACGCUCUGAAUGCUGCCAUCGCUCGGUUGAGCGGUAAGAAGUAAUCUCCGGUCCCAGCGCGUAAGGACAGACAAACUUUCCCCCUAGCUAGCGAACGAUCCUGAACAAUACUCUCCCCAACGAUGAGGCGAAAGCUUUGUAUGCAACUAGGUCCCCCGUUGUCCGGCCUGCUGCUGUAAAUAAAAUUUAUUCGUGUGUCUGCCAUUUUUUUUUUAAAUUCGACAUAGUUUAAACGCUGACCCUGGCGGAAUGGAGCGGUGGGCUAUUGUGAGCUUUGUAGGAAGCAGCAUGCUCUUAGUACUAUUGUACGUAAAGUAGCGUGUCGUUGUCGUUAGCUGUUAAGAAAAUGGAAUAAGAAUUUUUUUUGUAGUCAGAGGAAA